GUGCAGGCUUUGCUUCGAGCUUAAAGAAGACUGAAAAAGCAAAAAGUGUUUGAGGUCGCAGUUGAUUCAAUUUCAAAGGGAGAAAAAAGUAUGUUGACUUAGGUUUGAAUUUUGUAUAGUUCAAUAUUGUUUUCAUUUAUUCUCAGUGUUUUAAAAGUUUAAGUAUAAAGGCUAUAUAUAUACUUAUUUAGUAUUAUAUAGACAUGCAGUACUAUAUAAUGGUUGAUAUUCAUAUUUCGAAUCUUUUUAUGUUUGAUGGUUUCUUAUUUUAGUUUUAUCACAUAUAUUUCUCAAAUAUUAUAUUAAUUAAUUAUUCAUAAGCAAAACACAACUUACUGUUGUCUUGGCAUCACCGCAAUAAAUUCAACUCUGGCGCAGAAUUUUCAAUAUAAAUAUACGACUCGCUCCUUUCAGGGUCGUUUAUAUUACAGUAUUUUUAAAAAAUCUCAAUGUAUAAUUAAAAAUUUCGGCCUAGUCUUUCUUUCUUUAACGAACUUUUUGGAGUUUAAAUCACUAAAAUAAACUCCCUUUUCAUGGAGUGUUCCUUUUAUGACUUUGCAUUUAUCUCGUGCCCACAUGCAAAGCUAGUAUUUAAGUACUAUAUAAUUUGAUUCAAUUUAUGGCUUUGGUAGCUUUCUAUACUGUAUAUGUAUAUCAGAGCAAACGCCUUCGACCUCAAAGGUCCGGACUGAAGAAUUUCAUUUGAAAAGAAUCAGUCAACAUUUGAAAAGAAUCAGUCGGUCAACCCUGUACCAAACGUCGUGGGUUUUCGCCGGGUACUCCGGUUUCCUCCCCCACAAGGAAUGUUGACAGGGUGGGUUGGGAUCAGCCCCUACCUGACACAUCCACCGUAGCUGUAAUACUCUGUGAUCAGACAUGAGUCAUGAGAUCGUUGUCGGAGGUACCCUACAGAAAGCAUUCGACUCGAUCGGUUUGAGCAGCAUCCUUUGCAAAUCAUCUAAUAGCUAUCAGCUAAUUCUUUCAAUUUUGAACUAAAUUAAUAGUAUUUUACGUACGUGUACUGUAAUGGUAAACUAUAGUAUAUGUUUUUGCGUGUAUAUAUAUACCGCCACGCUGACUUGGUACGUUCACGUUCAUUAAUUAAAUAUACGGCUUGACUCAAUUCUUUAGAUGAAUUCAAGAAAUGGACUCGUCUUUUUACUGUUAUGUUUGGCGACGUGGACAUUGUGUGCAGAGGCAGUAACGUCGGUUCUUGGUUCAGCGAUAAGACGAAGAACUGCACCUAAACUGACUACCAGAAGACCGCCAACAGUUCCAACAGUACCAAAUGCGAUCACGCAAAUGCUCAUAAAUAACGUACAGCCGGCUACGAAACACAUGAAUGAUAUUAUGGACAUCAUUAAUCCACAAGGUACAGUCAUACAGUUUUGCAAAUGCACAAAAGUUUGAAAUAGUUUAUUUAUUUCAGUUUUUGCGAAUAUCACCACCUUCAAUCAAUCAAUCGUGUUUUAAUCAUCAUAGGUUAAAAGUUACAUAUCCUGUGUUUUAAAAUAAUAUUUUUUUACUCAAACUAUACAUCAUAUAGCUAAAAUAUUCCUCUACUAUAAAACCUAUUUGAUUUAUUUGUAAUAUUGGUAGAGAAAAACGUUGAAAUGAUUUGAAUGACUCGAAUACAUAAUUUUCACUUCGUCUUCGGAGAAUGAACUUUGCAUUGGAUUGCGAGGGCGGAUUGCAAUCAAAAAAUAAUUUACACCCCACUAAGGUUCCCUAAAAUGGUUAACAUGCAUGCGUAUAUUACAUAAAAAUAAUUUUGUUUACAGACUGAUACAUUUUUACGAAAAUAUUUGCAUCCUCGAUUCUUUAGUGCCGAUCUGGCGUCAACAACUUCCCACUCAUGCAGAGAUAAUAAAAUAUAUUUUUUAUUGUGCUGAUAAGGCUAUAUGACCUAUAUGUCAUGUUUGUAUACAUGCAUAUCUAUUGUGUGGUUGAAUCACAAUGCAUGGCAUUUAAACUAGGUACAAAAUUUCUGAGCGAAAACAUGUUUAACUUAGUACAGUGAGGUAUAGUACAGUGAUUACAGAAAAUGUAAAUUCACCAUGAUUGUCAUUGCUGACCAUGGCGAAAAAGAAUUGUGCUAUUUUUCGAAGCCUAUAUUUGCAUGUACUUUAUAAGGAAGGCAUAUGCGACAAACAUGGCUGUAUAUAGAAUACUGGAGAAAGACAAUCAAACGUGCUUGGGGUACUUUUCACAUCUGGGAAAAUGAGGGAUUAUUCUUAUUGGAUCUCUUGGGAGAGCAGCAUUAUAGAGCUAUCUGGUAUAUUAAAAUAAAGUCAGUUCAGUUUGCCAGGUUGCGAAUAUCUGUUUCGUAUUUAAUUCGUGUUUGAUAAUGAUAUUGCUUAGUAUAUGCACUUUUUAAAGCCUAAUUAGCAUAAAUCGCGUGCCUUUUUAUUUACUAACCCUUUUAUGUCGCAAACGAUUGAAAAUCUUUAGUAAUUGAAAGACCUUUUAUUGCAUGGCGCACUUGAUUAAACUCUAAUUAUUAAUCAAGCUAAUGAAAAAGAAGGAUGGCAUUUCGCAUGUUGUUUUUGUACAGUCUAAAAAUGACGCAAAAUAUUCUAUAAAUUUCACGUGGAAUUCUAGGAUGGCGGAUGAGCUGUCAAUAAAUGGAUUCAUGCAAUUUGUUUUUCAGUUAUCUGCCGGUCGACAGGUUUAAUUAAGAUUGAAUAUCUAAACAGUCUGUUUACAAUUCCCUGUAGCUAAUACUUUGGGAGAUUUUUAACGAUAUGAAGAAACCAAUUAUUUAUAUGCAUGUUAAAGAUAAAAGAACGUAUACUAAGCAACGUUAAAAACAUCUUCUGGCACCGUGAACCUGAAAUUAUGGUUGAAAAUGCUCAUAAUUAUUAUAGUUUUGCACAAAAUUACAUUUACCAGUAUAUAAAAGCUCAUACCACACGGAACAUUGAACUAUAUUUAUAUACGCAUUAUUUUUAUUGGCAAAUUUAUUUACUGCUAUUUUAAGUGUCUCAAAUGGCAGUUUAAACGGGUAUAGCUAAUUAGCUAUUUCCCAAAGUCCUGGGUCUGGUCGCGUAAAUCCCAUGUUGGAGGGACAGGAAAUAUGGUUUAAAUUAAAAGUUUAAUGUAACUUAAGUUAAGGAGAUAUUUCAUUUUCGAUCGUCUAAAAAGUUGAUAUUUGAUAUAGUAGAUACUUCUACUCUUUCACAUAUUUGACGCCUGUCACCAUAUAUUUUGUUCCUCCAAACGAUCCCAGAAUGCACUGUGAUCUCUUUUGGAAAAAGGCUAAUUGUAUAAAGUAGAAAACAAAGCUAAACCAAGGAUAAAUUUGAGAGGUAUACGCCAAAAAGAUUUAAGGUUUUGAACGUACGCUGCCCCUAUAAUCGCAAAUACACGAUGUGGGAAAACUUGCCUCGUAAUCAUUUUGUUUACCAGUAUUUACUUCCUAUAUACAUAUGUCAUGAGCCUGUUACUCAUCGCAAAUACGCCAAAUUUGCUUUUUAAUCAUUUUUAAAACUAUUUCGAUUAUUUACUUCCUACAGUUCCUAUAUGAAUCUACAUGCAUGUUAUUCAUUAUUUCCUUAAACCUGAUUUGCAUUAUUUUUCAAAGUUUCUGUGAUCACAAUGGGUUUUUUUGUGACAAGCAAUGUUUCAGGCAACUGACUCAGUCAUGUUAAACACUGAUACUUACAAAUCCUUCAAAACUUUACCUAUGCCAAAUUCCUGCUGUGAUCACAGAAAACAUUGAUAGUGUAAACUCACUAUAUCUAUAAUCUAAAGUAUACAUGUCGGACAUCCCACAAUAAUCAUAGACAAGUUAAUCAAGACAUUAUUAUCCUAACUAUCUCAAUACGGAAUAAAACGUUUGAAUGGGAACACAUUUCUGUGGGCGGUUGAUAAUAAAAGUUCAUAUGACCUAGGACAUUCCUCGAGCAACAAAAUGAUCUAUUUAUACACGCGCGCUGUAUGAGAUCAUGACCAACGUCAAAGUAGCAAACUAGCAAACAAUACUUUCUUAGUUAACCUUCAACGUUUGUUGUCGUAAACAAAGUUGAUGGGUUUCGCAUCUGUCAACAUGACAAACGCCGCGUUUUUGCAUGGGGAGAAACCUUGACUUUCCACUAACUCUUUGUUAAUGAAUAACUCUGUCAGUUCUGAACUGUUUUCCUUUUACGUGUACAUUGGACUUUAUUUAGAUUUGACAGUUUCAUCAGUUUCAAACUGUUCUCCCUAGAGGUCUAUAGAGGCCAUGCAUUUCUUACUAAUCCAGUUACUAUACAAGGGGAAACCGAAACUAAGUGAGGAUCAUUUCUGAUUAAUGCAGUGUUACAACAGGAGGAAACCUAAACUAAACUAACUUUAUUUAUACUGGAUAGCUCUGUCAGUUCUAUAAACUGUUCUUCCCAGAGGUCGAUGCUGGAGGGAUCUUAUUCAUCCAGUGUUACUAUAGAAGAGGAAUUAGGAAACCUAAACUAAACUAACUUUACUUAUACAGAAUAGUUAUAUCAGUUCUAAACUGUUCUUCCUUGAGGUCCAGUAAGGAGUUAGUCCUGUAGUGUUACUACUGGAGAAAACUUAAACUAACUUUAUUUAUACUGGAUAGCUCUGUCAGUUCUAAACUGUUCUUCCUAUAGAGGUCCAUGCAGUAAGUAUCAUCUCUUAUUGAUCCAGUGUUACUACAGGAGGAAACCUAAACUAAACUAAACUAACUUCACUUAUACAGGAUAGCUCUAUCAGUUGCGAACUGUUCUCUCUACAGUAGAGGUCCAAACAUUUGUACUAAUAGUCAUUUUUCAUUAUGAAGGAAAUGGCAGACGCAGACGAGCAAUAAGGUUAUUAUGGAGAAAGAUAAAGUUAUAAGAAAAUCAGAUGAACUUAGGCUUGACGGAAAACUGAAGAAAAGUGGAAGAUGCGAAAAAAAGGGAAGAUUUUCAGGACCAACAUCCACAGACCGCAAUAGCAUGGCUGGAGUUACACCUCGGCAUAAAAAAACAAAAGAACAUCGAAAGCAAACAGUCGAAAAAGAAACUUAUCUUAAAUUAAAUGUUCUUAAAUAUAUUUUUCAAAGGAUGUAAAAAGUUCAUAUUGUAUAAGAAUAUUUAUUUUUAUUAUAUAUAAAAUAUUUAUAUUUGUUAAUAAAUAUUGUGAGCAAUAAUAAAUUUUAAAGUAAAAUUACCGUUUUCUCGUUUUGCGAUGGUAAAGCAUGCGCGUUUCGUUUAUUGAAGGAAUUCCAUUCCUGCAAUAUGCACGACUGUUUGAAUACAAUUUUUCCUCAGUUUUAUGUCAAAGAGUGCUUCCAAUUUGACUCCACCAAGUCUAGUUUAUUUUAGGUUUCCUCCUG